CCAAGCGAAGGGCGGCAGAGGGGUGGGGCCAGAGAACAUGCCCCGAACUCCUGAUCCGAGACCCGAGGCCGCCGAGAAAGGCAGCAACAUGACGGCCCAACUGGAAGAUCCGACGUGAGUUUCCGCGACAACAGCAAGACAGGGUGCCAGCUCGGCUUCGAAUCCGCAACGCCGCCAACCCAGCGACAGCGCCUGGCGGGGACGGGCACGGGCAUGGGCGGGCGGGCCAACUGACCGCACCGGCCAAAUCGAACAACUGAUGAGACACAUUCUCCCUAUUCGACAGCAAUGGCCGGAAUCGCUCACGCGCACUUGCCGGGCGCUCGACGUUCUGGCUCCACGGGAGCGGGUCGCGGCGCGGCAGCUCUGGGUGCAUCGCCGCACUCGCCUCCACCAGGGCGCGUGCACUCAUGCACCGCAAGACGCUUCUCUCUGGCGCCCAACGCCCUCAGCGCGGGAUGGCCCACGCCACGCCGCCCAGCAGCCCUCCCGACAGUCCGCCGCGUCGCGACUCGGCCCUGAGUGGCCGGCCGCAUGUGGCGGAAAAGCUGGCGCGCGCACAUCUGCGCGCGCAUGCUCGACCGCCCUCCGAUGGCUGCGCGCCGAGCAGUCGAACAACCUGUCGGCGGGAUUGCGAUCGCCCUGUAGGCGGAGCACCAUCUGCGCCACCCUAGGGCGGUCGGUCGGCACAAACUCCCACGCGCCCGUCUCGGUGCGCUCGCCUCUCUCGGCGGCCCCAUGUCGCAGGGCCACGAAGGGGCCCCCUUUCUCCGUCAUCGCGCACAUCCCAUCGCGGCCCUGAGCGCGACGAGAUCCGCAGAGCGCAGGGCGGAGUCCACGGCGAGCUCCAAUGCGUCGGCGGCAUCGACGUUCCGGCCAGCCUCAUCAUGGCAUCGCCGAGCAGUGCCCACGGUCCACGGUCACCUGCCACAAGAAUCUCAUGACAGGCUCGUAGGGCACGGCUCGACCGAGGCAGCCCAAUCGACAAAUCUGGCCAGACAUGCGCCAGCCCGCGAACCACGAAGUCGCCCCUGCGCGGCAACACCUCCUCCUCCACCAACCCGCCCAAGUAGACCAAGACCAAGCUGUCGAUCUCGUCGCGGGACGUCAUCGGCAGGUCGCGGUCCGCCGCGAAGUGCGGAAAGCGCCCCACGUUCGGGGCGCAGCACGCCAGCGCCAUCUUCUUGGGGACCGGGAAGAGCAGGAGCGCCAGACCAGCCACCUCUGGGUCGCGACGCCGUGGGCCCACCGAUGCACUCCCAUCGGCCUCGUUCCUCCUGCGAGCGGCGCCCAUCCUGCGACGCCAGCGCGCCCGGCCGCGGCCGAUGCCACCGCCCGAGCAGGCGCAGCUGAACAGCGCCAGAUUCCCGGGCACAGUCCGUCGAGCAACACGUCCGUCGCCCUGACAAUUUGUCGCAUGCUGGCGAGAGGCGCUUCGACGAUCCCGCCCACGAGGGCAGCCCCGACCAACUCUCCCGCCCUGGCGAGAGGCGCUCCGGCGACCUCGCCUCGGCCCGCGGCCUCCGGGGAAGAGGCAGGCAGCGCGUUCGCGGACGAGAUGGCCCUCGUCCGUCUCGCAACGGUGUCGCAAACCAGCGGGUCCACCGCCCUCUCCGCCAGCUCCGCUUCUCGACGCCCUCCCCCAUCCAGCAUCGCGCCCAGGGGUGGAGAAGAGUGAGGGACGGGAGGGCGAAAAAACA